AUGUGGAAGGGCCUGUACGGCUGCGGCGGCCAGGCGGACCAGCUGACGUGGAGCGACGCGACAACCACCUGCACCUCCAUGUGCGGCGCGAAGCAGGGGGAGCUGGACCUGUGCGGCAUGCGGGGCGUCGGCCACGACCUCAACAACCCCUUCCAGGGCUACCCCUUCACAGUGGCCUGGGACUUCCUGAAGGUCCACGACUACGAGCCCCGCUGA